CAGAAACUCGAAACAAUUUAAUACUUAGGAUAUUAAUAUUCAGUUAGCGACUGGUUGCUGUAAAGUAGCUAAAAAUGUGUGAAAUCAACACAGGUUGUGCUGCCUUAGACCAGAAGGUAGCCGAAUGGUUAGCUCUGGACAAAAAUGAAACAACUUCUAACGAUAUGCGAAGCCUGCUACGUGAACAGAAAUUUCAGGAAAUAAAUAAAAUUCUCACCAAAAGACUUGGUUUUGGUACUGCCGGUUUAAGAGGAAAAAUGGGUGUAGGAUACGCUUGCAUGAACGAUCUGGUCAUCAUUCAAACUGCCCAAGGAUUUUUUAAUUAUUUAGUAAAACUUGAUGAAAAGUUAUUAAAGGCGAAUGGUAUUGUCAUUGGUUAUGAUGGAAGACAUAAUAGCAGAAGAUGGGCGGAGCUAACAGCCUCUGUAUUUCUUCACGCUGGAUAUCCAGUGAAGCUUUUCAGCACAAUAUGUCCAACUCCAUUCAUUCCAUACGCUAUAAGACAAUUUGGUUGUGCUAGCGGCGUGAUGGUGACAGCAUCUCACAAUCCAAAGGAAGAUAACGGUUACAAAGUGUAUGGUUCAAACGGAGCGCAAAUAGUGUCCCCCGUGGAUGAACACAUCCAAAAUUCAAUUUUACAAAAUCUACAACCCUUGGAAAGCUCUUGGGAUACCUCGAUAAUAAGAAGCAGCCCUUUAAUAUCGGACCCCAGAAGCGACGUAUUUUGUCGUUACAUGAAUGUAAUCGACAGGGACGCUUCUGAAGAAUCUAAGGAGUUGAAUAGAAAAAUGAAUUUGACGUUUACGUACACACCAAUGCACGGGGUUGCUUACGAGUAUAUUAAAAAAGUGUUUGAAAUUAUAAAUGCCAAUUUUGUGGUAGUUCCUGAACAGAGAGAUCCUCAUCCGGAUUUUCCUACUGUUAAGUUUCCAAAUCCUGAAGAAGGAAAAAGUAGUUUGGAUUUAUCGUUCAAAUGUGCUGAUGAAAACAACAGUUCAGUAAUCUUAGCAAAUGAUCCAGAUGCUGAUAGACUAGCUAUAGCCGAAAAAAAUCCCAAAACAGGCGAGUGGAGAAUAUUUAACGGCAACGAGACGGGAGCCCUCAUUGGUUGGUGGAUGUUAUCUUCGUUUAAAAAAAGAAACCCUUCCUAUCACCUCGAUAAAGUGUACAUGCUUUCAAGCACCGUUAGUUCCAUGAUUCUCAAUACAAUGAGCAAAAAAGAAGGAUUUAAAUUUAUAGAUACUCUCACCGGAUUUAAAUGGUUAGGAAACAAAGCUUUAGAAUUAGAAAAAGAAGGUAAUAAGGUAAUUUUCUGUUUCGAAGAAGCCAUUGGUUUUAUGGUUAGCACCGAAGUACUUGAUAAAGAUGGCGUAUCAGCGGCUGCACAAGUUGCUUCCAUGGUUUCUUAUGUAUAUAGUCAAAACAAAACGGUAGCUGAUCAACUAAAUGAGAUUUAUGACACUUACGGGCUGCAUAUUUCUAUGAAUUCGUAUUAUAUUUGCCACGAACCUCCAAUUAUUAAAGAAAUAUUCAGACAGAUAAGAAAUAAAAGAGGAGAAAAUACAUAUCCAGAAUCAAUUUUAAAUGGAAAAUACAAGAUUACAUCCGUUAGAGACUUAACCACUGGAUACGAUAAUAACCAACCAGAUAAUAAGGCAAUUUUACCAGUUUCUGCAGAUAGUGAGAUGAUCACAUUCAAUUUUGACAAUGGCUUAGUGUGCACCUUAAGGACCAGUGGUACGGAACCUAAGAUUAAGUAUUAUACAGAGCUAUGUGCAAGUCCUGAAAUGAGAGACAGAAGUCAGCUCAACAAUAUUUUAAAGGAAAUGGUUGAUGCCAUAUGCGAAGAAAUGUUGCAGCCUACCAAGUAUAAUCUUAAACCUCAAGGAUCUUAAUUAGUACAAAUUGGAUUUUCUCUUGAAUAUGAUAUGUAAACUUAAAGAUUUCAUGCAAUAAAUAUUUCAUCCAGC